AUGCUCACCAAGACCUUCCUACUCGGCCUUUUAGGCGCCGCCGCCGUGGCGGACGCCACCGCCAUCCAUCGCCCAUAUGACCAGAUCAUGAACCGAAGAGCAGCCAAGGGCGUUAAUGGGCGACAGUUCGGCGGUUUCCCAGGUGCUUUCCCCGGUGGUGGCAACCGUGGCGGCUUCGGUCAGGGUCAGGGCGGCAACCGUGGCGGCAACAACAACAACAACAACAACAAUAACGGAAACAACAAUAACAACGGCGGGAAUAAUAACAACAACGGCGGGAAUAACAACGGGGGUAACAAUGCCAACGCCGGUUCCUUAACGUUGGCCCAAAACGCUAUUCAGACCGGCUCCCAAUCCGACGGCAACCCGGACCAAGCUGCGGGCGAAUCGGCGUCCAAGACCGACAACGCCAACUUCAUCAACUUCUGCAGCGGCCAGACUCUAACCAACGGUUUGCAAGUCCAGGGGGGGUCUUGCAACGGCAUCCCCAUGGGCAAGAUUCCUUCGACCAACCGAAUGGUCUCUAGCAUCUUGAUCAACCCCAAGCACAAUGACAACAUCGCUGCGAACCAGGACUUCAACAUCCAAGUUCAGGUUCAGAAUUUCGCACCUGGCACCUUCACCAACGCGCAGACUACCUACUACACUGCGCCUCAGGAUCUAAACGGCCAGGGUAACAUCAUUGGCCACACUCACGUCACUGUGCAGGAUCUGGGCAACAACCUGAACCCGACUCAGCCCCUCGACGCGAAGCGAUUCGUGUUUUUCAAGGGCAUCAAUGAUGCCGGCAACAACCAGGGUCUUCUGUCUGCCACCGUCCCCGGCGGUCUGCCUGCUGGAAACUACCGUGUGUGCACCAUGUUCGCUGCUGCCAACCACCAGCCUGUUAUCAUGCCUGUCGCUCAGCGCGGUGCCCAGGAUGACUGCAACAAGUUCACUGUCGGCGCUGCCAACAACAACGGCGGCAACAACAAUAACAACAACAACAACAACAAUCAAGGCAACAACAAUAACAACCAGGGCAACAACAACAAUAACAACAAUGGUGGCAGAGGUGGUGGCAGGGGCAACCAAGGCCAAGGCCAAAGUAAUGACUCGUCGCAAAACAAUGGUGCUGGCGGCAAUGCUAACAACGGUCAACAACAGACUAAUCUUGGUGGCGCCGCUCCGAGUGUGACAAACACCGGAGAUGCCAGGAGGCCGUUUGCGGUCAACGGGAACACGUUUGCUGAUGAGGCGUCGGCUAAGCAGAGGGCCUGCGAUAUACAAAACAACAACUGUAGCAACGCAGCGAACUCUGGCGCGGGCCACACGCUCGCAGACUGCCAAGCGCAACUGACGGCCUGCACGGCGUCGGCCCGCAGAUAG